CGCCCUGAUGAACAUCGUCGGAGUCUACAAAGAAAUCCAGGACCAGCACAUGAACAUUCUGAAAGCGUUCUACGUGGACCUGCUGGUACCGCUGGAGACGAACCUGGAGAAGGACACCAAGGUGGUCCAGUUUGAGCAGAAGAAAUUUCUCCAGCAGCACAAGCUCCGUUCGGACAGCUACACCAAAGCUGCGACCACUAUGAAGAAAUACCGCAAGAAGAGCUCCAAGACAUCGCCCAAGGACGCCGAGAAGGAGAUCAAGAGCAUCCAAAGCUUCGAGGAGGAGAAACACAAGCUGGACCAAUUCUGCGAACACAGCCUCAAGAACGCCAUGACCCAGGAACGCCGACGCUAUGGAUUCGUACUGGAACGGCAGUGCUCGCUGGCCAAGCACUGGAUGGCCUAUCAUCACUCUGGACACUUGAUCAUCGAAAAAUCGCUGGACAAUUGGAACGAAGUGGCCGCUACCCGUGAAUUCUUGCCACCGAACGUUGAGAACAUGUUCACCACGAAGCAACUGAAGGACAUGGAGGAUGAUGACGAUGAUGCCCAGUCGAUUGCUUCACAGCUGAGGAAGACCCGGUCGAUCGACGCUUCCUGUCUGGAUAUGCGAUCGCUGGGAGACGUCGUGAACAGUUCCAUGAUCCAGAUGCCACGUGCCAAAUCGGAGUUCAAUUUGAACAAUAGCAGCAACACCAGUACCCUGGUCGGUGGAAUGGGAGGCGGUCAAAGACACAUGAUGAACGUCUCCAUGGUCAGCCAGGAAACCAGUCAGUGGGAAAGACUGACGGUGAAGGCUCUGUAUGCGUACUUGUCCUCGGGGGAGAAUCAGCUGAGCUUCCUGGAGGGCGAUAAGAUCGCUCUGGUUGGCGACCGGGCCAAGGGAUGGCAGUUUGGUGAAAAUCUACGGACGCAGAAGUUUGGCUGGUUCCCGAUAGCGUACACGGAAAACGAACGUGAAGAGAAGGAGUGCAUCAGCGAAUGGGUCAAGGCUCCACCGAGUGAAAUUGAAGUUGACAACACACCGGAUUCGUCGCUGGAGAGCACCCUGGUGGAUGACCCCAUGCCAAUGCCGAAGGCCAACAACAACUCGUAUCACGACGAAGCCUCACCGACGCGGAUGUUCGGCGACACCAUCCAGUACCGGCAGUCGAAGCAGUUCCGUCGACUGUCCCGUGGUGAGAAGCCACCGAAGCCAGGACCUCCACCGCAGCUUCCGGCCCCCGUUCCGACACCGGUAGUGCCUAACUACAGCAAACCACAAGGGAUUCCGCAGUCCAGCAGCUUCUCCUCGUCCGGAGGGGCCCCGAUGGUCGAGAAGCGCAAGACCCCCUCGGCAACGAUGAACUUUAACAAACCGCAAUCGAGCAACAAGCCCAAGGUUUCACGAAAUGGAAUUGCCAGUGCCUCACUACAUAGCAGCAAUGACAGUGGAUUCUCCAACGAACUGCAACAGCAACCGGAGCCGGAACUCUACUCGGAUGACGAAACUGUGCACCGCGUUCCGAUUAGAUCGUCCCGUUCGGAGAAGAACCUCUCGUCGCCGCGUUCAACGGAUCGCGAGCUGAGUGAACACCGUUCGCCGCAUCCACGCUACGGCAGCGGUGAUCCGGACGAUGACGACGACAUCUACGGCACGAUUGUCCCACCUCGUCGGCAGCAUCAGAACAUGCGCCAGGCGAACAGUUUCGGCAACAUUGCCGAGAGCAACAGCGGAACGCUGGAGUAUGGCUAUCGCUCCCGAACCCGAAUGUCCGAGGGAAAUGCCAAUCAGAGCGAUUCGCAGAAGAUCAAGCGGACCAAGUCGUUUUGGAAGUUUUCAAAAUCGCAAGACCACAUCAUGGAGGGGAUGGCAAUGUGGAAGCAUAACGAUAUAAUUCCGACCGGUCGGGAGAAACGCGAGAUGGAGAAGAAGGAGGCCACUUUGAAGAGGAACAUGCGAAAGAAAGAACAGAUGGAGAAGCAGAAGCAGAAGGAGAUGCUCAUGGCGAAGGAAGCGGAGGACGCUAGGAAGAAGGAGAUCAUGAAAACCAUGGAGACCAGUACGCUGUUGAGGAAUCGCGAAAGGGAACGGGAGAAGGAAAGGGAGAGGGAGUGGGAACGGGAGAUGGAACGUGAACGAGAGUAUCGUGAGCGUGAUCUGGACCGAGAACAACUGCCGAGGCCACACAGUAUUGCGAUGAUCCCGGAACAGGCCAAGUUCCCGAUCACCAAAUCCGAUAUUGACAAGAGGAUUUCCAAGUUGGAUGAGAUGAAUCAGCAUCAACAUCAGCAGCAGCAACAGCAGCAGCAACAGCAGCAGCAACAACAACAGAAGAAGGUCAGUCAGUCGAAACAGGAAAGAGAACGGCAUGAUAGGAGCGACAGGCAGGACAGGAAUGAAAGGCCAGAAAGAAAUGAAAGGCAAGACAGAACUGACAAACAGGACCGGCAGGAUAGACACGAUAGGCAUGACAGACAUGAACGUCAGGAAAGACAUGACAAAGACCGCCGCGAUCAGGAAUCGAGCCGCAAACCGUCAAAGUCGACCAAGAACGAUUCGAACAACAACAGGAGCAGUUAUAAUGAUCGAUUGGAACAGGAAGAGCAGAUCUAUGGGGAUUCGAUGCAGGCAAAUGGUAAGGAAAAGUACAGAACUAAAGAGAGGGAGAGCAGCAAGAAUAGGAACAACGAUGCACUGAACAAGUAUUACCAGGAUCAGCACUUUGACGACUUUGCGAUCAUUCCGAGCGAUUCGAUCAUGAUUCAGGAUACGAGCUUCUACGAUGACGAUGGUAUGAUGGACGAUAUGAUGUUGAUGAAGACGGUUCGCCGGAAGGAGAUUCUGAAGCAAUACUACUCGAGCGGCACGGAUACGGAGCGGAACUCGUCGAGUUCGGAUCCGUACGACUGCAUCGUGGUGGAUGAUCAUCUGGUUUCCGCGGCAGAUAUGAUGAUGAGGAAAAAUCGAGACAGGAUGCGAGAGGGUAGAAAGUCCAACGGCGAUGCGAAUCGAAGCGAUUCGAAGAAGCAGCAGCAGGAGGAGAAGAUACCGUUUUCCACCUUCCGCGGGACGGCCGUUGACGAUGAAGAUGCAAUGAUGAUGAUGGAGGAGGAAAUGAUCGAAGAAUCAACGCGGGAUCGCCGGUCAAAACUGUCCAAGGCCAACAGUGCCGGGCCGAUUAUGGAUUCGAUGAAGUACGAAUCGGAACAGGAGUCGAGGAUCAGUGCCAAGGUGAACGCUAAUGGGAAUCAGAAGCGCAAGUCCACGAAAUCUAACGCCUCGGAUGGGAAAGCCUACGGUCCGUGGUACGAUCUGUGGGGCUCGGAGUCCACAAUGCAAAGUCAGAAGUGAACAGUAGCUUAGCCACAUAUGGAAGUGGAGGUUUUGUUCAAACGGUCGGAAAUAUUUGAGAUUCGUAAGAUCGAUACUAUGUUCGACCAUUUGGACAGAAUCUGCAAAAUUGCAAACAACAGAUUUUCAAAUGACAUUCCACAAACACACAUCCAAGCACGCUUUAAGCACUUUUAUGGCACAUAAGCACACAGACACGUUCAUAACCCGAGGUUUGUCAAUCUUUAUCGCUGGCGUAAAGAUUGAAGUUAAUCCCCAUUCAGCAAUAGAGUUUACCAGGACGAGCUUUUCUUCGCAGUCGCAGGAAUCGAAAGACAUUCAUUGAAUCGUACAAAGAGUUUCAUAUAAAUAGACACGGCUUGAUGCAGCAGACCUACAGAAAAGUGAAAAUCCACCUAUGAAGGAUACACACAAAUACAGCGCUCAAUUUUUACACAUUUUCUUAGUUAGAUCUUACCAGUUAUCGAUAAGUACUUUGUAGCUUUACACUGGAAUUUAAUUGUUAUUCUAUGUUGCACUUUCGAGAUGUUUUGAUUUAUACAUUAGAAUUUUCGAUUGCAAAUCGAUCGGCGGAAGUUUUGGUGCUCAAUAGUAUUUUCUAAACUAACUUUGAUCAAAAUCAAGUUUAACCGUUUUCCCUGUAUCGGUUGAGGAUUUCCCCUUUUGUCCCGUUUUUUUUUUUAAUUAAGUGUUAUUAAUCAGUAUCUAUCCGAGUUAGUCAGUAUUUUUAGAGCUACUUUCGAACGGGUU